UACGCCUCGGUCUCCUCUGCGGCCAUUGAUAAUAAGUUAAAAACAUGCGGGCUUCUCAGGGAUGGCUGGCGGCAGCUGGUGUGCUUUUCUUUCUUUUCGUUCGCGCGGAAUCCAAGAGAAACUUUAAAUGCCCUUCAGGAUGCUCGUGCUCCAAGGAGACGAUCGUCUGCGUGGGGGCUUCAGAGAUCCCACGGACUAUACCCAGUGACAUCAACUCACUGAGCAUAGUAAAUGGGUCCAUUGCUGAAAUCACUGAGGCCAUGUUUGCACUAAUGCCUUCACUGCAGCUACUACUUUUAAAUGGAAAUUCUUUGACUACGAUCAGAGACGAUGCUUUCUCUGGACUUCCACAUCUUGAAUAUUUGUUUAUUGAAGGCAACAAAAUUGAGAGUAUAACUAAAAAUGCCUUUCGUGGCCUGCGGGACCUUACCCAUCUAUCGCUUGCCAACAACAAGAUGAAGUCCUUGCCAAGAGACCUCUUUUUCGACUUGGACUCGUUACUGGAGCUGGACCUCAGGGGGAACUCUUUUCAGUGCAGCUGUGAGAAUAAGUGGUUAAUGGCGUGGCUGAAGAACACAAACGCCACUGUGUCUGACGUGAUGUGUGCUGGUCCCACUGAUAUGAAGGGCAAACGCCUCAAUGACCUCCCACUCGCCCCCAGACAGUGCAUGUCUACAGACUUUGUGCGUCACCAGUCCAUCAAUGUUCAGGCCAUGUCAGCGGAUAUCUUUUCCUUCAAAGAGGACAUAUAUGUCGCGAUGGCAUCACCCAACACCAACAGCUGCGUAAUCAUGGAGUGGGAUCACAUUGAGAUGAAAUUCAGAAGUUUUGACAACAUUGCAGGGAAGUCUGUUGUUGGAUGCAAGUCUGUCCUAAUUGACAACCACAUCCUCAUCAUUAUCACGCAACUUUUUGGUGGCUCUCACAUUUACAAGUUUGAUGCUCAACAGAACAAGUUCACAAAGUUUCAGACUAUUGAGGUCUUCAACAUCUCAAAGCCAAAUGACAUAGAAGUUUUCCAGAUAGACCGAGAGUGGUACUUUGUGGUAGUGGACAGCUCCAAAGCCGGUCUGUCCACGGUGUACAAAUGGAACGACGAACCUGAACGCAACGAAACUGGCUUUUACACUUACCAAUUUCUCCAUGAGUGGUUCAGAGACACAGACGCUGAGUAUGUCCAAGUGGAUGGGAAGUCCUAUCUGAUCUUGGCCAGUCGUUCUCAGUCCCCCGUUAUUUUCCUGUGGAACAAAAGCACACUGAAAUUCAUAGUUCACAGUGAGAUUCCAAAUGUUGAUGAUGCAGUAGCAGUCAAAGCUUUCAGACUGGGGGAGGACUUGUUUCUAGCCAUGACCUGCUACAUUGGUGACUCCAAAGUUCUCAAAUGGACCAAUAAACUGUUCAGUGAAAUCCAGCCUCUUCCAUCUAGAGGCGCUAUGGUUCUGCAGCCCUUCAGCUUUACAAACAGACACUACCUGGCGCUGGGCAGUGACUACUCAUUCACCCAGAUAUUUCUGUGGGAUGCAGAUGCAAAGAUGUUUAAGAAGUUUAAGGAUAUUUACGUACAGUCACCUCGAUCUUUUGUAGCAGUGAGCACUGAUAGGAGAAAUUUUAUCUUUUCUCCAAGCUUCAAGGGUAAAACAAUGGUGUUUGAGCAUAUAAUAGUAGAUUUAAGCUUAUAAUCAAAUACUAAUGAGUGAAAUGGAAAAUGUAAUAAGUAAAAUGAUUUAAUUUGAAUGUAAAUGCAUUAUAAUACCCAAAAGCCAUUAAAUGCUUGUACUGCAUAUGAAGGAAAAUAGAAAGCAUAACCAUAACGAUAGCCUCUGAUAUUAAAAGAAAAUACAUACAGAAAGUGUGAAGACUAAAAUCUCUGUAAAAGCUAUAUAAGCAAUAUAACAGUGUGUGAGUUUGUGAGGUGAUAACUUACUUCAGAUCUCUAUGCAACUAGCCAUUAGGCCUAUAUUAAAGCUAAAAUGCUUUGAAACUGUACUAUGCUGCUGCACAUGUUGAAUGUAAAUGUAUAAUUAAUGUUGAAAUGUCCCUGUAAAAUGUGUAAAAUUAACAUCUGUCU